GACGGACAUGCCCUCAAGUCGCAGUAAAAUUUCCUUCUGAGGAAUUUGUCCCCACUGCAUUUCACCCGCCUCGGCCGCAGCAAUGGCACUCUCGUGAUCCUUCCUUCCUCACGGCAAUUUUAUAUUGAGCGGGUCAAACGUGUACAACGACAGGGAUACGCGUUCGCCAUUCUCGGAAUCGAUCGAGCUCCCGUCUUCCGCUUAGGGCUUCAACGUCUCCGACGACGCAGCCACCGUCCGCAGCCGAGGCAGAGCAGUUCCGUUUCGUCCCUUCGUCAGUUACACGGUUACUGUUCCGUCCCUAUGGGCGUGGAGAAGGAAGUUGUCGAACACAAGCAGGAAACCUGCCAAGAGUGGACCCUCUCUGUUCACGCUUUCUCCGACUUAACAAAUGUUUCACCGACUGUUUUCUUGUACCUCAUGAAAGCAUGCUACACUUCAGGCACUUUUAAGGCAACUACCAAAUUUCGCGCCCUUCAACACCGGGUGCAUCAAAUAUUGCAUAAUUCACCCCAACCUGGACCUGCUGCUUUUGUCAUACACUGUCUCUAUGCACUUCCUACAUUCGGGAUCUACUCGGAAGGCUUCAGUCACCUGUUACUCUCUGCACUCCGACGCUUUCUAAAAAGUAACAUAGCUGACUCAUUGGAGGCAAAAGACCUAGCUGCCCAACUAUUUUUGGAUAUCGUUGGGGGUUUUAUCGACCAUGAUGAGAAGGUUGCAUUGAAGGUAAUUGAAGUGUUUGACGUGGGACAGAUAAAUCUUGAGAAUGUCCUCUGCCGAGGAAAGGGGAAAAGUGGUCUGCGGUAUGAUUCAGCAAUAACGAUGCUCCAAGAAUACAUAUUCAAGUCAAUAGAGUCCCAGUCAUUUAUGACAGCUGUCUCUUUACUGGAGCACUUCUCGAUUCGUCACUCUGGGCAAUCUUUUUUGCUUUCCAUGUUGGAGAACAAUCAUUUCAUGGCUGCAGAGAAGUUUGCAAAAUUUAUGGGCAAGCCAAUGUUAUGCAUACUUGUCCAGGAAUAUGUCCACAGGAAAAAACUAAAGAAUGCUUAUCAGAUUAUCAAACAAAACAACCUCCAGGGAGAAUUUUCGGAUGUAUAUCAUCUCUGUAAGGAAAGUUCCCUCAAGAAGUUGGCAGAAAAGGGUUGCUGGGAUGUCGCAGAGCUCAAGGCCAAGGGCAAUAAACGACUUAUAGAAUAUCUGGUAUAUUUGGCGAUGGAAGCUGGUUAUUCAGAGAAGGUUGAUGAGUUAUGUGAUCGAUUCUCUCUUCAAGGUUUUCCUAAAGUAACAGAAUCUGAUGCAGGAUUAGUGCAUGAUCGUCGGUACUUAAACCUUACCGAGUUGGCUAUUGAAGGGAUCAUUUGGGUUGAUGACAUUGAGGGGUUGCAAAGCGCAACAUGCCAUAUUGAAGGAUCCAAAGUCAUUGGGAUAGACUGUGAGUGGAAACCCAACUAUGAAAAGGGCAGCAAACCUAACAAGGUUUCCAUAAUGCAAAUAUCUUCAGAUAGGUCUGUUUUCAUAGUUGACCUUCUAAGACUGUCUGUGGAUGUGCCAGACAUUCUCGAUAACUGCCUGAAGCGGAUUCUACGGUCUCCUCGAAUUCUGAAACUAGGCUACAAUUUUCAAUGUGAUAUGAAGCAGCUAGCUUCUUCUUACAGAGCAUUGGAAUGCUUUAAGCACUGUGACAUGUUACUGGACAUUCAGUGUGUGUUCAGGGAACCCAGCGGUGGUCUCUCUGGUCUUGCACAGAAAAUACUUGGGGCUGGUUUGAACAAGACAAGGCGGAACAGCAACUGGGAGCAGCGGCCUUUGAGUCAGAAUCAGCUGGAAUAUGCUGCACUCGAUGCUGCUGUACUUGUGCACAUAUUCAGUCACGUCCGGGAUCAGUCUCAGCCUGCUGCAGAGAGUAACGAGAGACUUGAAUGGAAAUCCCAUAUUAUUUCACACGGUGAUAUCACCAAGAGGUCCAAGAGGGACUCAGGAACUAACAAGAAGCGAACAUCAGGGGCAGUCGAAGACUGAAACUGAGCACUUUCGUUCAUCAACAAUUGAUGUGUAAAUACUUUCGUUAGGUGAAGACCCCAAAAACUUUUCCGGGGCAGAGUAUUUAUUUUUCAUGUAAAUAACAGGAAUAGGGAUCCUGCUUGAGAAAAUCAUCUUCUAGUAGAUGCGAUUUGUUAAUAAUGAGAAACUCUCAUUUCUAAUGCGAUUCCCUUUUGAGGUAAUAUUGGUAA